AUGGGGAAGAAGACUGCAGCGAAGAAACACCGAGGACCCAAGACAGCAGAACCACCGCUGCAUCCUUUGGAGGAGUCGCGCAUCAGAACAUGCAUAAGGAACAAUUCAAGGCUGCAAGCACUCGGAAUUCCUGCACUAUCGACAUUGUUUGCAGCCAAAACUGUCAUUUCACCUGAAAAAAAUAAACCCAAGCAUAGUAGUGAUGAUUCUGAAGCUAAGUACCAUCCUAACGAGGACAAUACCAGUGAAGGAGAGUCAUCCGAUGAUAGUUUAGUAGAUGAAACAGAAGCACUGCAGUCCACACCUGCUGCUAGCUCAAACUCUAAGGACUGUAAGAAGACUAGUCAGAAAACUAGUAAGAAAAGAUCUGCUGCCAUGCCCCCUGGUGGAGUCAAGCCUCGACCUCCUAAGAGAGUUCAUGCGGACCUCCCAACUAAUCCACGAGUCACAAGGUCGAAGAAAGCUCUAUCACAAGAUGCUGAUGGAGGUAUUCAAAGUGAGGAAAUGUCUGAUCCUAAACAGCAGACACCAAGUGUCAUCCAUAAGCCAACUGCUUCCAUGGCUUGUGUCCGCCAAGCUGAAGAAACUGUUCCCAACUUUGAUGACCAUGGUGUUGAAGGUGAUGAUCCUGGACAUUGUGAUGAUGACAACUGGAUUGCCAAUGGAGCUGAUCCCAUUGCCCAUCGUGAUGACGAAAAUGAGAUGGCCAACGAAACUGGUGGUAGUGCCCAGCCAAAUCAGCAAACCCAACCUAACAAUAACUCUGAAGUACACUUCUAUACGUGUAAUUGCGGUUUAAUUGUAUCCGUUCUUGAUUUUACCUUCUUUUCAGGUCCACAAUCCUAUGAGGAGCCAAGGGAAAGGGGCCCCAAUUUGGGAAAAGGUCUGGAAAGGAUCACUCGACGCCGGCAGGGCAAACUGCCGCUUGUCAUUCCAGAAGGGAAGUUAAGGCCGGAGGCACCUCUUCUUGCUGCAAAGUUCGCAACUGAAUGCAACGUCACAGUUAGACACCAUAUGCCCGUGUUUAAGCGCUGGAAGGAUUACAAGGACCCAGAUGGACAUGUCCGAGAUGGGAUCUUCAGGAACUUUGUAGGAAAAGUUGGUAACAAGUUUCAGAUGGACGUUGAUGUUGUGCCAGUUAGGAAGGCUUGUACUGAAAUGCUGAAACGUGCAACUCGCCAACAACGAUACAGGCUCAAGAAAGAGUAUUUUGACCCUCACCCACUCCAUUUGGUGACGAGAACGUCUCCUGUCCCCUCGAUGACUGAUGAGCAGUGGAAUGAGCUAGUGGAAAGCUGGAAGGAUCCCAAAAAGAUGAUAUGUGAAACUAACAAAAAUAAUCGAGCUCAAGUUAAGUUUCACCAAACCACUGGCUCGCGCAGCUACCCUGUGCACUGUGAUAAUCUGGGAGACAAAUACAAAGAUAAAGAACCCACUGCAUUGGAUUUGUUCAAGGAGUGCCACUACAGCAAGAAAAAGAAAAGCUACACCGGUGUUGUCCAAGCUGCAAUUACCGAGAUGGAAAACAAGGCCUCUCAGCCUACAGAAGAUGGACAGGAAUCGAACUCCGCGACCGAGGCUGUAGCUGAAGUGCUUGCUAAGCACACUAAGAAGCCAAGGUUUCUUCAGCAUGUGGGGAUCCAGCAUGUCCAUGCGAUAUCUGGUGAUAGCAACUGUCAAGCAGAGUUGGCAAAGAGGGGCAAUGUCGAGCUUCGGGCACUUGUUGACACCUUGACCAAGCAGUUGAAGGAGUCCGAAGAAGCAAGGACCAGGAAAGACAUACAUGGAAGCUGUGUGAAUGUGAUAUACUGCUAG